AUGACUAAGUCUAACAUGAUCUUGAUGAUCGUGGCUAUUUCCGCCAUCACCAGAGUUCUAGUCUCCGGUGACAAUAACACGGGCUUUGGAUGCGCCGGGGAUGUAAUGGGACUGAUGGCAAAUUGCUUCCUAUACGUCCAAAAGCUGCCACCAUUGCCGUCGUUGCCAUCACUACCAAAGCUACCAUUCCCAAUGUCGAACAUUCAGCUGCCGAGGUUUGAACCCUCCGCCAAGUGCUGCCAGUCUUUCAGCAUGACGGACAUCCCCUGUGUCUGCCGGUACAUGCCAGCGCAGAUCUCAAACAGGAUAAACAUGCCGAGAUUUGUCAGUGUCUCGGCUUACUGCGGAAAAAUUCUCCCAAGUGGGCUUGCGUGUGGAAGUAAGCUAACCUAA